AUGCUUCUCUGCGAGGACGUCGGUCUGAAGCCUUACGUCUGUGAUGUCAAAUUUGGCGUGCACAGCUUUCGCGCCAUCGCCAGCAAAUUCGCCAAAGACAGGAACCACACGUAUUUCGCCAACGUAGCCCUCGAAGCUAACCGCAAACUCGGUGGCGCAAGUCACACUCUCGACGCACACAAGCUCGGCUUUAUACCGGGCUGCAAAACCGUGGUCGUCUGCGUCGACGUCACCCACCCAUCCCCGGGCUCCUCCACUAACGCUUCCAGCGGCGCAGCCAUCGUCGCCUCAAUUGACCAAAACCUCACCCAAUGGCCCGCAGAACUCUGCACCCAAGCCGUCUUCCAGAAGAUGAUCUCAAGGCUCGAUGAGCUUCUCAAAUCCCGCCUGAAGCUCUGGGCCAAACAACACCGCCGCUCUGUCUCCCCAGAGGACGUGCUCAUAUACCACGACGCAGUCUUGGAAGGCCAAUGA